AUGAUUGCUGGCUUCUUCGCCCGGUGGGGGCGGGCCUACCCCCAGGCCGCUUUGUCAACUGAGGACACUGCGGCCUCGCCCACCAUCGCAUCCGGAUUGCCGUCUCAAAACCACCGAGUCGAGCCCUCUCCAGUAAGACACUCUGUCGGAGUCACCGUCCCUGUCAGAAAUCAACCUACCCUCCUCGAGGGCGAGAUAGCUUUCGACAGAGAUUCUGUCCUUGUCACCUCCGACGUCAUCAAUGGACCGCCCACGCCUGAAAUAGCGUUUGACAUGACUUCCGUCCACGUUAGUAAUGUUCCGGAGCUGGAGUGGCAUGAAGAGCCGGCCGAGUACACGUACAGGGUGAAUGAGCUGGUGGACCAUGACGCGGAUGUUAGCAGAGAGCGGAGGGAGGAGGGGCGCGGAAUGUUGGCGCAAGCAUGGCGGUUCUUCAGAGAGGUAGUUCGGGGCGUAUAUGGGUGGGGUUGA